AACUGUGGCCGUUCGGUGUGGAAUGGAAUGACACAUUUACGGUAAGAACGAAAACCUGGCCCUUUAACGGCCUAAACAUAUAUAUAUAUAUAUGUUUUUAAUGCACGUUAUAUUGAGCGAGCAACUAACACUAAACCUUUUUUUUUUUUUGAUAGGCUACCUUUGAUAGGCUACCUGGCUAUCUUUUUUUCUUUAGUUAACAGGCAGGAAAAUUUAGAAUAAUUGGACGUCACCAGAUGUCAAAUAUGUUAACUAUUGACUUCAUUCAUUGACUGAAAUAUUCACGUUAUCUUUUAGCGAGCCUGUCAAUCAUUGUUGGUAUUCUUGCAGCUUAUUAUGAGAAAUGAAAGUACUGCUAACAUAAUAGUGUUGAACUAUCAACAUGAAAGGCAUUUACAUUUCAAAGAGAAUAGUUCAAACGUUAUGGGUUUCAAAGUUGAAAAGAGUUUUCGGAAACUAUAACAUUUUAUUUUGUUUAAAAAUCUUCCACCACCUCUUUGAUCUAGCAGGUAUAACAUAAUUGUGUUAUAUUCUUUGCCAUUCAACAAGCGUAUCAGUGCCCAGGGGUUGAAAUAAUUAAGUUAAAAAAUAUAUUAUUAUUUCAACACAUGCUAGCACUGGGUCAAAAAAGUGCCAACUUGGAUCUGAUGACCUACUUGGAGCAAUCGCGCCCCCUGGUGAAUAUUCUGCAGCCUAAAAUUCUCUGGGUGCUACAGAUAACGAUUGGUAGAUUUGUCAGUCAUCCACAAGGUGAUUAAAAAGUUACUUUAAUUUAUUUAUAUCAAGUUUGUCCAUUUCAUAUUAACAAUGAUAAAUAUGGAAUCUCUGCCAAGUGAGCAUCUACAGUAGUCAGAUGCAAAAUAAUGUAGCCUAGAUUCCUCUUCAAGAUUAUGACAGUCUCCUAAUGUCAAUGAACAAAUGGAAAUAAAUUACAAGGAUGAAAACAGUUAAUAUCGUUUUGAAACGAUAUUAACUGUGAUACAAAUUAAAUUAACACAAUUAUGCUAUAGCCGGGUCAAUUGAAUACCCUAUACGACUGAACCAUAAGUGGAUUGUUGUCUGGCCCUGCACAUGUCUAGCACUUUCAACUGGCUUGCCUACCACUCUUGCCUUGUCCUCAGACUUCCUCAAUGAUGAUUGGUCUACAUUCCCCACUUGAAUCCUGGGCAGUUAGUUACAAGUGGAGCAAUUCAGGUGCAAAACAUUGCAUUUCUUCAAAUAUUUGAGAUAAGACAGGAUACCAUAAUCAGGAAGUUAGUGACAACAAUGUAAUGUCAUGUAAAUAAUUAGGGCUACAACUUCAAUAUUGACCUUUACACACAGCUUCCUUUUCUCAUUUGAGAUGCUCAAAAUAAUAGGUCUAGUCUUCUGAUGUUGUCCAUGCAAAUGUACAGUAGGCCUGUACUUUAGAUUUGGGUAAAUGUAAUUUUAAGCCUCUUUCCCUAUAAUUAUCAUAUUUCAAACCAUAAAAUGUGAAAAGAUGUUUGAUUUAAUGAUCAUGUGAUAAUGGGCAUAGAGAGGGGGAUUUUGACUGUUUACACAGGCUGCCCAAUUCUGAUCUUUUACCCAAUUAUUGGCAACUGAUCUGAUUGAUCAAAAUACUAACAAUUGGCCUAAAGAUCACAGAUAAAUUGAACAGCUUUUCGAAUGCAGAUGUAAGAUGUUAAUUAACACUACUGUUAUGGAUUGUAAGAGCUGGCAGGCCUUUGAUUGAAGAUGAUUUGCACAUUGGGAGAAUCAGAUGUGUCUGUGCUUUGAACCAGGGACCUGUCUUGGCUUUGAUUGGGAAGGGACGGGGGAAAGACUGCCAAAUAUCAUACAAGAGGAAUCUUAAUUUCCUCAAUUAUGGGUCGAAGUGGAAGGAAAAGUUUUGUGUGUUUUAUGCUUUCAAAAGAUGACUGAGAUCCCUAGGCUAUGUAUAGGCUGACCCAAUAUAUCUGGUCUGAAUUCACAUGUCUACUGUGGUGUUUCUAAUCAUCAGACAAUCUUUUGCAUAUUCCAACCUUACAUUACAAGCUACUUGUUUGUGUGAAAAGAUCAUACAUUCACUGAUGUGGAUAUGAUUGUAAUCUACAUUGUAAAUCAGUACUACUGAUUUCUUAAAUUAUCUUUUCAUGUGUCUGUAGAUUUAAGGAUGUAGUGAUUGAUGUAUGCAGACUUGGGUCAAAUGUCAAAUCCUUUGGAGCUUGGAGUUUGCACUUUUGGCAGUAUUCCAUGGGCAACGUACUGGGUAAACUAAAUCAUGCCUAGCUUAAUUGAAAGUAUUUGACAUGACCCAGGUCUGGAUGUACCUAUGUAGCAAUACAUUUCAGGUAUUUGAAUGAUUAAAAUAGCCUAGAAUAUAGUAGCUGCAGAGCAUAGAGUGUGGUUUUCAGAUGUGGCUAGCAAUGGUCCCCCUUGACAGGCAUCUGUCAUUUGUUCUUCCUGUGUCCUCCUUUAGUUUGUCUGACAUCUCUAAGCAAAUAAGCCCCAAUACACAAACACAGACUGGGCCCAUUCUAGGGGCCACCAACCCCUCUUCUAAUGUUUGCGUGACAAAAAAGGCAAGGCAAAUCCUGCAAUGGAAUCAGAUCAUCAUCAACAUGUGAAGAGCCUCCCAAUCCACAUCGACUCUUGGAUUAACUGUCUGUUUGGCUAAUAAUUUUAAUCUGUCGGAGGGGCAGAAGGGGUGAUGGGUUUGGAAUAAACAUGUAAUCCCUUUGCCCCCUCCUCCCCAGAUACCCACACCAGUGAUGGGCCAUAAAUGGGACCCUUGAUCAACUAAAAUGGCUGCCAGACAGACAGAAAUAAGCACACUGACAUACUGUUGCCAGACUGGGCUUGCUUUACAUUGUCCAGUGGAAUGCACACGUUAGGGUGUGUAGACAACGGUGAUACUGAGAGGUUGCAGCCCAGGUUCACAGGGUCAGGCGCUGUCUGGGAACACAUGUGCAGAUGUAGACAACAUGAAGAAGAGUCAAUGGAAAGGCAUUUGUUUAAAAAAAAAAAAAAUGUAUUAUGCAAUGGUAAUAUUUAGCCUCUUUAAAGAAAUGUACUUUAGUAUUGAUCAAAAUAUUACAUCAAUCAAAGUGUCCAUCCUUUGUGAUGAUUUUGAAAUAUAGGAACAGGAUGCAGACAUUUCCUUUAACCAAUUUGUAAUCCUCUCAUCCUGCAAACUAACAAUAGUUAAAACUACUACAAAUAAAGUAGGCUAAUGCCUUUAUGCCUCUGGAUCAAUUCAAUAUUUCCAACCCACAACAAUCCAAUAACUAUACUGUCUUUAGGAGUUUUCUUACACAAACAUCUCUGCAAAGUAAUGCUUUUGUGACAAGCAUCACUAGACUUCCCAUUGAUAUUGAGCAGACUGAAAUUUACAAAUGCAUUGUAUGAAAUUGUAGGUUAUAAAUUGUAGAAAUCCCUGUAUGAUUCUAGAGGAAUGGUGUUCAAAUGACCAUAUACAUGAAACGGAACAAUACAUCGUUUGGGAGAUGGUUGCCUUUCAAGUAUGGCACUUCUGAUGUCUUGACCGAGACGUGGCUUCUAAUGUCACACCUUUGUUGAGAUAGCCUAUCGGUCCCCAUCCCCCUCCUCCUCCUCCUCAAUGUGCGAAUGACUGACUGGGAGGGCCAGGGGCUUAUAAGGGCCAGCCCGAUGUCAGAGUGCCACUGUCUCUCUCUGAGCUACUUUGCUGCUGUACUUCUCUUCUCUCUGCUGGACACGACACCCUCUUAGAAGAUUUACGAUGGAUUUGCUCCGUGUUUGCGUUUUGUGCGCUGCUGCUUUCGUCACCGUCUCCAAGGCUUUUACGCACAGCGACAUGAAGGAUGCCCUGCUUCAAAAACUUGGGCUGGAUGAUGUUCCGAAAAUUCACAAAAGGGAUUUGGAGAAUCUUGUCAUCCCGACGCUCGUUAAGAAUAAAUAUCUGUCAAUGCUGAAGCUGCACCACGACAGGCGGCGCAGGUCUCUGCCGAGCUUGGCGGGGAUCCUGAGGGGAAUUCGAGGAAAUGCAGAUAUCUCUGGCGAGUUUGUGUACUCGGACACCACUCGGCAACGGAUGGUCUUCGAUAUGGAUACCCGCAUCCCCCAUAACAGCGAGGUGACCAUGGCCGAACUGAAACUGUACAAUAAAGCCCCUAACAAACGCUCAAUGCCCGAGAGGAGGAACCACCGGCCAGUCAACAAUGCCAGAGUCUCCAUCUACUGGGUAGAUAUGCUGGAGAACGGCUCUAACAGAACCUCUCUGGUGGACUCACGGUUGAUCCCCAUCCAUGAGACCGGCUGGAAAAGCUUUGAUGUCACUCAGGCUUUGCACUAUUGGUCAAAGACGCAGCAAAAAACACCUAUGCACCUGGAGGUGUGGAUCGAGGGCGAGAGACCUGGCAGCUACGCGGCAGAAAUUGCCAAGAGUGUCCACUUUACCACCCAGGACCAGGCGGACAACACCUUGGGAAAACCUGAGCUGGUCCUCUACACGCUCAACCUCGAAGAGUUUGGGUCUCGAGGCGACUGUGAAAACAACCCAGAUAAGGACACGUGCUGCAGAGAUAAAUACUUCAUCAAUUUCCGCGCGCUCACGUGGACCCAGUACUGGAUCAUCGAGCCAGCGGGAUACCAGGCCUACAGAUGCGCCGGGGGAUGCAAGCAGCCCAAGCGUAACUAUGGCUACGGGGAGAGGAAGUGUAGCAUCGCAGAGAGCGCUCCGCUGCCCAUUAUGUACCUGGUCAAGAAGGGCGACUACACCGAGAUAGAAGUGGCCGAGUUCCCCAACAUGAUCGUGGAGUCAUGUGCCUGCACUAUGGACAACAUCUCCAUAGUUUGAAGUUAAGUGUUUGGGACUGGGCAGGGCAGGACACCUCCAAAUGGACUUACAGUACUUUUCUAUUUAAAAUGGGAAUUCUCAGGGAGAGUUGCAGGCUAUAAUAAGAGGGAGCAUGGCAGAUCUCUUGAGAUUAACUAACCAAGCACUUUAUUAUAUUUUGUAAAUAAUUCAUUCAUAAGUUUGCCUUUGUAUGAAUGGUAUACUGUACCACUCAGAAGAAACAGUCAGAUUUUGUCUCAGAUGUUAUAUUUUUGAGCUGUAAAUACUAUGGAUUUCAUGAUUAAAUAUAACAUAUUUUCUUUAA